CUUGGACCACGACCAUGCUCACUAUAUUCUUAGCUCGGCCUUAUGUCUACCUUGAUAUCUCCAGCAAAAACCAGCCCUGGAUGUGUGUGCUGUGUCAUUGGUGGUUUUCUAAGGGCAACGGUAUGUGCCACUCAAAAGUCUAAAUUCCUACAUUCUUUCACUUGGAGGUCGUUCAAAUCUCCUCGAGAUCCAGAGGAGCCGGGCGGAAUCGAUGGGUCCUUACGACAUGAUUUUGUUUGAAUCGAGGAUCGGUUCAUGUUCGCGCAGAUUCUAUUAGAACUUAGUGGGGCGUAACGAAAUUGCUAGACUCGUAUCAACGGUGCCCACUAGUUGCAAAGAUGCAGGAUACUCUGGUUAUGAUCCAUUCGACAGUCCACGAAGUAAUGAUGGCCCAGAGAUCUCUCACCCUUAUUCUCGUUACUACUCCUUACGAUCUUGACCUCUUUUCUGACUAUGUGUUGCAUCUAGUGUCUCUCCAAUUUUGAAUAUCUCACUGAACCGCUUAUGGUAGCACCGACACACAACCGAAUGAUCGUUGGCAAAGAAAUGUGUGCAUACCGGGAACCUGUUUUUCUGAAGUUCAUGCAGGAGGCAGCGAUUUUCGCAUUAUGGGGCCAGAAGACACCAAUGGAAUGUCGGUGGAUUUUAGCAUCCGGGUCCAUAUCGAAUUUGUCAUCCUGCUGCGCAACGGCGCAUCAUGAUCACAGGAUCUAUGCAUAAUAUUUCUCUGCCGUUGCAGCUGCGUAAUUGUGGACGGUUGGAAUUAAUCAUGCUGUGCCGCAGCUACUGCGGAGCGGGAUCACAUUCCAGUAUAAAGAAAUGCUUUGUCUUGGUUAUCGUCCAAAGAUCUUCCCCCACGAUGCCUACCCAAUCUAUGGACGAAGAGAAGGCGUUACUGCAAGCCUAUCACGAUGAGGAGCUCAGGCUCUUCGAGCAACCUUCCCAUUACCCAAAUGAUGAACAAGUUGACGACUCUCCCCAACGUGCAUCUUGCAGGAAGAAGAAAGUCAGAGCUAUAUUCAAGCACCUGGCCGUCUUCUCACUGCUCUUACUUGGAUGGAAUGUUCUCCAGGCUUACCGUGCUGGGAGGAUGAGUUGCGGUCAGUGGCGUAAUUAUGGUGGCAUUGAGAAGUCAGAUACUUGGGACUUCAAUGGAUUGGAUGAAUCUGUGCAACACCCACCUCAAGAUUUCCCGUGGCCGCCACAGGUGACCCUAGAGGAGUGCGUUGAAUGGCCAGCGCCUUCACCUCCUGGCGACGGCGAAUAUCAUGGGGGACCUGGCAAUCAUCACCCUUCACCACACUCUUUCGAUUCCUCCUUCAACUUACCUUCUUCUGCUGAUAUCUUGGCCUUCUUUGCACGAGGUCCAUUGUCGGUCGGAUCCUUCAAUGUGGAACAAGGAACAGAAGAGACGGACCAGGUUGUUGUGGAUGUUACCACCAAAUGGCAUGGUCCAAGGGAACUGUUGGAUCUUGUUCAGCUGUGCAGGUUCAAAGGAGAGAAAGGAUCCGUUGGCGUCGGUAUUGUGUCUGUUAAAGGUGGCCCCCAUCACCGCCCACACCAUCGUCAUCGAGUUUGGUUUGAGGUCAAUGUUCGCCUUCCCCCUGGGUCCGAUAAGCCAUUGGAGAUAAAAAAAUUCCUUACGUUCCUACCAGUGUUCUCACAGACGGUUAGCGACCUUGGAAAGUCCGUUUACUUUGGUGGCAUUGGGUUAAAAGGAUUCGUUUCGGGAAUCAAGAUAAAUUCACUGUCUGCGAAGAACGCGUACAUCAAUGCAGGAGUUGGAGCUAUCAAGGGGAACUUUACCACGUCCUCCUCUCUAGAACUCAUCACAAGCAGCGGAGAGAUUGACGUCGAUGUCGGCCUGACUAACGAUGAAAAAUCUGAUAAAUGGACAGACUUGUUAUUGGCAACGUCUACUGGUGCAAUCAAAGCCAAUCUCUCUCUUCAUACAGAGUCCGAUUCUAACGUCGGGGGCAAAUUCAAUAUCACCUCCGGCUUCUCUGCAGGUUCUGUUAUCUUGAAUACCAUCGUUGCCCCCAAAGAUUCGACGGUCGACCUCACUGCCCAUGGCUCGGUCGGUGCGAUCCAUGUAACAAUGGACAAAACGUUUGAGGGUAAAUUUGACGUUGGAACGUCCGUUCUCUCCCGUCCGACUAUAGUCGAGCGCAAGGAGAAGGAUGAGGAUGGAAGAGAGAGGAAGUUUGAAUAUAGCCAGGUCGGGCGAGGGGUUGUGCAAGGGAAUGUGUGGUGGGAUGCUGAUGACGGUAAUACGGAUGGAAAGGAAAGAGGAAACGUGGAAAUCAGGAAUUCGUUGGGGCAUGUUUCUUUGACGCUGUGAGGACGAACCAUAUGUGAUCGUGAAAACUAUCUCGCAUCGGUUUAUUGAUUGGUAGGCUUGUAUGAAGAUUUGUAGAUCUGUGUAAAUUCUAGGCCCGUAAUGUGCGUGCAUUUAGGCGGAGAAAUUGACUCCGACUUUCACC